CUGGAAUAUUCAUCAGAAUGCGUGAGAUUAUGUGUCGCGUUCAAGCCGGUUUAGAGUAUUUAUACAUGGAAUGAGUAGGAGCUGCCAUCUGUUGGUAACUAUCUCCGCGAAGUGAUGUAACACUCGAGCUCUUUCUAUCGUAGUCACUCACAAUAAUCUUUUCAAACGACAUAUCGAGUAGUCAUUUCCUACAACACUUUGUUUCACGGUUCAUCGAUAGUGUUUUCUAGUUCCUUGCGGUUGUGAAUCCACUCGGAAUGCACAUUGGCAUUGUAUUUUAAAGCGUAGCGCCAUUCACACUCUGAGUGAAUCGAGUUGAACAAGUAUAAAGUACAAAAUGAGUGUGAAAGAAGUGGAAAAAAUGUGAGAAAUGCGUGAAAGAUGAAUGUUGUUGAAAGAGGAAAUGUGUAUGAGAGUAAGUGAAACAGAGCAAACGAGGGAACAAGAGAAAGCGAAACACCUGUUUUGUACAGGAAAAUGUUGUUCCUGAUAAUAAUAGAUACUGAUAUAUGUAUUGAACUUUGUAAACCGAUCUGUAUUUGGAAACCAUGACUUCAUUUUCUUCAUCCUAAGUCCUUGAUAAACAUGUUCACUAUUAUUGCAAAUCCUAUUAAGGGAUUUAUAAACAAUUGGUUCCAAGACAAAGAACCAUGGCAGAUAGUUACUAUAACAAGUACAACCGUCCUUGCCACAGUUUGGAUGUGGAAUUUUGUCUUCCAAGAUGAAAGUCUUAUACAAAGAGGCAAAAAGCAACUUUUUAGUUUAAGGAACUAUAUACCAGCCAUUCGAGAUAAAAUUAAUGAAGAAUUGAAUAAUAUUAAUGCAUCAUUUGAGAAAGAAGCUUUGCAAAGGCUACAGGAAGUGCCAUUUAUUGUAAAGCUUCCAAAUGAUGGCAUGGAACCUGAUGAAAUAUUAAAAAUAGUAAAGAAGUGUGUUCAGUUAGGUGGUUAUGACUGGAAGAAUGGUAAAGUAUCUGGUGCUGUGUAUAGGGUUGAUACAAUAUUAUUAGAAUUAAUGGGAGAUAUUUAUGGAAUGGCAUCAUAUACAAAUCCCCUACAUCCAGAAGUAUUUCCUGGUAUAUGUAAAAUGGAGGCAGAAGUAGUUAGAAUAGCCUGCCAUUUGUUUCAUGGCGAUGAAAAUUCCUGUGGCACGAUGACUACUGGCGGUACAGAGUCAAUUUUAUUAGCAUGCAAAACAUACAGAGACUAUGCUAGAUCUGUGAAGGGCAUUAAACAUCCAGAAAUGGUGAUGCCUGUAACAGCACAUUCUGCUUUUGAUAAGGCUGCACAGUACUUGAAAAUUAGAAUACGUUUAGUACCUGUUAAUCCACAUAGUUAUACAGUUUCUAUUAAACAAAUGGAGAAAGCCAUCACAAGAAAUACAAUAAUGUUAGUAGGAUCAACUCCCAACUUUCCAUAUGGAACAAUGGAUAAUAUCGAAUCCAUUUCUGAGUUAGGAGUAAAGUAUAACAUUCCAGUCCAUGUUGAUGCUUGUCUUGGUGGAUUUCUAAUUUGUUUCAUGCCAGAGGCAGGUUUUGCUAUGCCACCUUUUGAUUUUAAACUACCUGGUGUUACAAGUAUAUCUGCUGAUACACACAAGUAUGGAUAUACUCCAAAAGGUUCCUCCAUUAUUCUUUAUAGAAAUAAAACAUUCAGACAUCAUCAAUACACUAUAACAACCGAUUGGCCUGGUGGUAUUUAUGGUUCUCCAACAGUAAAUGGUUCAAGAGCUGGUGGAAUUAUAGCAUCAUGUUGGGCUGCAUUGAUGUACUUUGGUUAUAAUGGAUAUGUAGAAGCGACACAAAAAAUUAUAAAUACCACGCGGUACAUCGAACAAAAAUUGAGAAAAAUGGACGGCAUCUUUAUUUUCGGAACUCCAGCUACUUCCGUUAUAGCGCUAGGUUCGAAUGAUUUUCAUAUCUAUAGACUUUCGGAGGCUUUGAAUACUAAAGGAUGGAGUUUGAAUACACUUCAAUUUCCUUCGGGUAUACAUCUUUGUGUUACGUACGUUCACACUGAGCCUGGCGUGGCAGAUCAAUUCCUGAAAGAUGUUGAAACCGAAUUGAGUAUACUCUUGAAAAAUCCGGAGACCCAUGUUGAAGGAAAGCUGGCAAUUUAUGGAAUGAGUCAAAGUUUACCUGAUAGAAGCAUUGUUGGCGACUUUACAAAAUGUUUCAUAGAUUCGAUGUAUUAUACACCCAAAAAUCAAACGGUCAUUAACGGUUCAAAAUAAUUCAAUUAAUACAGUUUCUUAAAAAUAUUAAUUCUUAUGAAAAUUAUUUUUCAUUUUUAGAGUAGUCUAGUAUCAUUUGAAAAUGACUUUAUUCUAAUGGAUGUCUGAAUUUAUUAUAAUGAUUUUGUUCGUGAAAUAGGAGGUAAUUUCUGGGUUGCUCAAAUGAUAUACACAUAUGUACAAAUCUAAAAUGAAUAUAAUGUUGUGAAUGUUUCCUAACAGUAUUACCCUAAUAAUACGUCCAGCUAUAAUAUUUCAUAAAAACAAACAUUGAACAUAUAUUUUAUACAAUGAAAUUUUUUACCUCUUUAAGAAAACAUUUUCAAAGUACAAACAUUUGUUCUAAUUAAGAAGAUAAUUGUAACAGAUAUCACGGAAACAAUUGACAGAGAACGAUAUACACGUACCUACGCCUACACCUGCAAUUACAUCUGCCGUACAUUUUACAUCGGGUUUCCAUUAUGUUCAUUCGUACAACUGAUAUUUGUAAAAUGAGAAUAUUAUAAUAAAAAUGUUUCAUUUGUAUUUUAUUAAUAGUCUUUACGCAUUGAAGCGACGCAGAUGUCGAAUUAUUUAAAAGUAAUGUUAUCGUAACUAUACUUUCUUGAUAAAUAUGUAUGACGUUUGAGUCAGCUAAAAUAUAUUUAUUUAACACAAG